UCUAGAAGGGGCAGAAGCCACCACCCAGAGCAGACCAGCCAGCAGAGCAGUGCCAGUGCACCGGGCAGAAGCUGGGAGGAGAUGGGCUUGGCGAUGGAGCACGGGGGGUCCUAUUCACGGGCAGGGGGCAGCCCGAGGGGCUGCUGGUACUAUCUGCGCUAUUUUUUCCUCUUUGUCUCGCUCAUCCAGUUCCUCAUCAUCCUGGGCCUUGUCCUCUUUAUGGUCUACGGCAACGCACACGUGAGUACCGAAUCCAACCUGCAGGCCACCGAGCGCCGGGCUGACGGCCUCUACGGCCAGGUGGUGGGGCUCACAGCUUCUCAGGCCAACCUGUCCAAGGAGCUCAACCUCACCUCCCGUGCCAAGGAUGCCAUCAUGCAGAUGCUGCUAAACGCCCGCCGCGACCUGGACCGAAUCAACGCCAGCUUCCGCCAGUGUCAGGCCGACCGGGUGAUCUACAUGAACAACCAGAGAUACAUGGCUGCCAUCAUCUUGAGCGAGAAACAAUGCCAAGAACACCUCAAGGAAACUAACAAGAGCUGCGAUGCUUUGGUCCUCACACUGAACCAGAAAGCCAAGACACUGGAGGUGGAGCUGGCAAAGGAGAAAGUGGUAUGUACCAAGGACAAGGACGGUCUGGGGUUGGGCAAGCGAGUGAUGGAGGAACAGCUGGCCGAGUGCAGCAAAGCCCGGGAGCAGCAGCGGCAGGAGCGACAGCUGGCCGAGGACCGGCUGCAGAAGGUGCAGGACCUCUGCCUCCCGCUGGACAAGGACAAGUUCGAGACGGAGCUGCGCAACCUCUGGAGGGACUCCAUCAUCCCGCGCUCCCUUGACAGCCUGGGCUACAAUAUGUUUCAUCCCAUCGGCUCAGAAAUGGCCUCCAUCCGGAGAAUCUGCGACCACAUGCCCACCCUCAUGAGCUCCAAGGUGGAGGAGCUGGCCCGGAGCUUGCGGGCUGGCAUCGAGCGCGUGACCCGUGAGAACUCGGACCUCCAGCGCCAGAAGCUGGAGGCCGAACAGGGUCUGCGCACCAGUCAGGAGGCCAAGGAGAAGGUGGAGAAGGAGGCCCAGGCCCGGGAGGUCAAGCUCCAGGCUGAAUGUGCCCGGCAGACCCAGCUGGCCCUGGAGGAGAAAGCAGUGCUGCGGAAGGAGCGUGACAACCUGGCCAAGGAGCUAGAGGAGAAGAAGCGGGAGGCUGAACAGCUCAAGAUGCAGCUGGCUGUCAGCAACUCGGCCCUGGACACCUGCAUCAAGGCAAAGUCGCAGCCAAUACCACUGCCAAGACCUGCAGGCCCUGCCCCCAAUCCCCCGCCCAUUGACCCAGCUGGGCUGGAGGAAUUCAAGAGGAGGAUCCUGGAGUCCCAGCGACCCCCUGCCAGCAGUGUCUUAGCAUCAGCCAGUGGCUGAGGAGGCUCUAGGCCCCGAGGACCGAGGGGUGGCCCCGACUCACCGGUCUGGAGACUAGGUGCAGCGAGACGCCCACGGCGAGGGACACAGCCAGGGUGGAGUCAGAUGACGCACGCGCACCAAAGUGGGCGCCCUUGGCCUGCGUCCUCAGCUCAUCCUCUGCCACACCCCACCCACACCCCCUAACACUCUCUCCGCACCACACAAUCCCUCACCCCCCUAGAUGCCGGGACGACGUCACAGAUGCAGUGACAUCAAUCACACAGACGUGGUGGUGACGUCACACAGAGACAAGGCAAUGACAUCACAGAGAUACACGGCGACAUCACACACGCACUUGCUGCCCAGCCCUUGCCCAUAAUCACAUCCCUUCGUGCACGCGGGUCAAGGCACCCACAGCAUCCCACUCAUCUGGAGCAUCUUAGCGCUCCAGGUCUGGGGGAGUGAGAACAGGAAGACAUUCACCUGCGUCCUCCCCUGAGAGUUUCCAGGCCCCCAAGAGAGGGAGCAUCUGGUCCAGGGGACCCCUCAAAGCCCGCGAGGGUGCUGCCCUUUCACUCUCUCUCCCCUCCAUAUCCAGCCCUGCCUGUGGCCCAUAUAAAUGUUAGUGGCACUAAAUAAAUGUUAUCAAAUCCC